UUUCAAGCGAGCUCUCGAGCGGUGGAGUCGUCGUCGGCCCACAUAUAGUACCAUAGUGAUAUAGCUCCCCGAUCCACUCACUUUCUCCUUCAAGUGUUGUCCAUAACAUUUUCCCACUCACAAAGUUUCUGUGCAUUCAAGUGCAACUAAAAAUAGUACCUGUUUCUCUCGUCUUGGCUUGUUUUGCUAGCAGUUUUUGUGCGAAACAACCAUUUGGAGGCAAUUUACAUAGGCACACGCUGGGAAAAGAAAACCGCCAAAAUUGGUUACCUAACGAAAACUUCGUUUGUGCUACGCGACGGCAGACUUAGUUGUCGUGCCAUCAAGAACCUCUGCAUCAUUUCCUAUCCCAAAUCCUUUGCAUCAUCCUCCUAGCAUCAAAUUCAUUUUGGGACUCGUCAACUUUAGACCAAAGAAGACGACAUGGGCUUCAGUUCGCGAAUGGACUGCUGCGGGCAGUUCGUCAAGUACAGUCUUUUUAUAGCCAACUUUGUGAUAUUUGUGGGUGGAGCCAUUGUGUUCUGUCUUACCCUGUGGACCCUGGUGGAUCGCAGUUUCGUCAAUGAGUUGCUGGGAACGAACCUCUUCUCUGGAGCUGUCUACGUCCUGCUGGUCACAUCCAUCAUCAUUUGCCUGGUGUCCUUUUUGGGUUGUGUAGGUGCUGGCAAAGAGGUCAAAUGUCUGCUUCUUACGUAUUUCAUAAUAGUGGCUCUGGUUUUCGUCACCAUGCUAAUUGGCGGCGUCUUGGGUUACGUGUUCCGCGAAAGGGUGCAGCAGACCAUGCGGCAGGAAAUGCGAUCGACGAUGGCCUUGUAUGGCAGCCGGAGAGAGAUCACCCAGGCCUGGGAUCUGACCCAGGAGCGCCUGCAGUGUUGCGGAGUGGACACGUGGCACGAUUGGAACAGGUACGGACCGGUGCCGGAGUCCUGCUGCCAGGAGCUGUUCGGGGGCCAGCGCAAGGAGUGCACCAUCUUCCCCACCAUCACGAAUCUGUACAACCAGGGCUGUCUCUAUGUGACGACCAACUUCAUCAGGGAUCACGCCGCGGUUAUUGGGGGAACCUCCAUAGCGGUGGCCAUUCUGAUGAUCUUUGGUAUGAUAUUCUCCUGUCUACUGUUCAAUAUGAUCGAAUAGCGCCAAAGAGAAGGGGAAUUCCAUGGCUACGCAGGAAAAUCAGCUACCGAGGUACACAGUCCCGAAGAGACACAUUUUUGAGCCCCUUUCCACUGGAGUUAUUUUAAGAGUAUUAUCCGAGUGUAUGAUAAUGUUGGCCCUGCACGGGUCAAUCGUCCGAUUUGUAUUAUGUAUGUACAUACGUGUUUAGAUACGCAUAACUAGCGAGUAUUGAUGAGCGAAUUGUUAUCAUAUCUGUUGCAUAAUUUUGUAUUAUUUUUAUAUAAUUCUGUAAAUUUAGUCGUAAGCUCCCGGAUUCAAAACCCAAUGCAAUUGUUAGUUUUAAGUGUGAUUUUCUAUUGCUUCUAGAGAAUUUAGAUGUCUGUCCAUUGUUGUUUCUAAUAAAAUUAGUUCAAAACACA